GCUCACGUCUCUCCAGCGCUCCUUGUCCUUUACUCUCAACCCAUGUCUCCAGACCAAAAAGCAUCUUCCAGCUCUACCAAGGAAAUCCCCAUAACAGAUGCCGACCUCGAGAAACUCCUCAGCCGUGAAGCGUCUGCCUUCCAGCGCGAGCUCGAAGUCGAACGCAUCCUCAAAGCCUUCAAACUAAAUCCUUACGAUAUCCUAGAUAUAGACGAAUCCGCAACCACCGAAGAAAUCAAGCGGAAGUAUCGACAGCUCUCUCUCUUCAUCCAUCCUGACAAGACCCCCCAUGCUCGCGCUCCAGAUGCUUUUGACAUUCUUAAGAAGGCUGAAUCCGAGCUUGGAGAGAAAGGUAAACGUGAGGAACUUGAUGCCAUCAUCCAACAGGCCCGCACACUUGUCUUGAAACAGCACAAUCUCCCCACAACACUACUCGAUAACGACCCAAAACUCAAGUCGCUCUCGCCUCCGUUUAAGGAACAGUUUCGUGCCCAGUCAAAGGACCUUCUGAUAGAGGAGGAAGUAAGAAGGCGAAAGGCAGUAAAGAUGAACUUAGCAAACGAAGGACUUGAGGCCAGGAAGAAAGAGGAGGAGGUUGCUGCUAGGAAACGCAAAGCCGAGGAAGACAAGACUUGGGAAGAGACAAGAGACCAGCGUGUUGACAGUUGGCGGUCUUUCUCGAAUACUAAAAAGAAGAAAAAGGCCAAGAUUGCUGUCCUCGGUUGAUUAUUUCUCGCAAGUCAUUGCUGUAAAUAGAGCGCAAUUACCAUUGGGCAAGAAUAUUAAGAGUAUUGUUCGUUUAUAAACCCUUCAAUAUCCCGCGCUCCAUCAUUCGCCUGAAAUUAAAACUGAAUAUAAUAUAUUUAAGCCUGAGUAUCUUGUUUGUGGUCCUUUGUGAAGUAUCAUUCUGAGAUGUCGAUGACAUCGUCGUUGUCAAUAGCUACCGGAGAGCGUGCUGUCCGUCUGCGCACGUGUCGUGUACGCACGGGAACAUUCUCUUUGUCGUCCUCUUCAUCGUCUUCGAUAACGAUAACAUCGGGACUGUGCCUGGUCCUUGACGAAGUUUGUGUAUUUAGUGCUUCUCGUUCCAAUAUGUCCGCCUGUUCUAGCAAUGCCUCAUCCAUUUCACCAAAAUAGUCGGGGCUUGCAUCAGACAGAUCGGAGGGCGGCUCAAUGCGUGAUAUGGAUGGCAUUAUAAUCGGUUCGUCUUCGUCACUGUCGACGACUAUAGGUUCCAAGCGUACUGGGGAAAAUAUACGCUCUCUUUGAAGAAUUGCGGAAGUACUUGACUGUGCGCGAGAAGAUGUGGAAGAGGGGGUGGCACGGGAGAAGUAGGAGGACUGGACAAGGGUGGAGGAACUUGUGGACGCCGAUGUCAACGGAAGGUCCGACUCUGCUGGCCUAUUAGGGAUCUUUCGCCGACGCGGCUGAUCUUCAUCGUCGUGAUAUGUGCGAGAGGAACCUGCCACAGGAGGUUCGGGGGGAUCAGAGAGUUCGCGGAGCGGUGACCUUAUUGGGCCGGUCUGAGCGACAGCAGCUCGUGCUGCGACGACUGGAGGAGCUGCGGGAGGUUGCAUGCGAAUGUCAUUCUGCGGUUCUGGGGGAGGUUCUGGCUGCCUUGAAUAAUACGAGUAUCAUGCCCGAGAAAAUGCUUCCCUGGAGCUGAGGUGGAACUUACCCUAGACGACUGUGAAGGCUGCGGAGGAAGUCUUCGUCUCGGUGUUCUUCAAGAUCUUCUGUAUAGUGUCCCAACAAAGUCACAGUCCUGGGUUCAAGGAAUACGAUGCCUCCACGAACCGAGACAUCCCGUAGUAACAUCUACUUGUUGAUGAUGUUGAAUUAAGCGUCAGGAAAUUAUUUCUGACUUGCAU